UGGUCAGGGCGCUGAUGUAAACACGGUCGGUGAGGUUAAGCUCGGUAUCGGUGUCGUUGUCGGUUCAGGUAAACGCCGGCGUGCUGUGCGGGUGUUACGCGCAGACAUGGACGUCUACAUCAACCUGAAGGUGAAUUUCAGGGGAAGUUCUAAGAAUUUCCUGCUUUCCGGAUCCGAAACCAGGAGCUGGGACUCGGUGGAGGCCACGGUGAAGCGAUCCUUUGGCCUCAGCAGCCUUCAGCUGACAUAUUUGGACGAGGAAAACGAGGAGGUGUCUGUUAACAGCCAGGCGGAAUAUGAGGAGGCUUUGAAGAGUGCAGCGAGACAGGGGAACCGACUGCACAUGAACGUGUAUGAGACUCGAGGCCAACCGGCAAGAGUGGCUACCGCCAAGACCAGCAGCACCGAGCCAAAGAAGGGCUUCAGACCGCCCCAGCACUGCCCUGCCCUCGCCCAGGUGGUGAGCCGCAAAGUCCAGGCUGCAGUUCCAGAACAAGGCAUGGUGAUCAUGAAAGAAGUGAAGGGAACUAAAGAAGAAGACAAGACUCCUCCAGCCUGGUUCACGUCUUACAUGGAGAAGUUUAAGGACCAGGUGGUGCGCGAGGCAGUGGAAAAGAUCUGCCGGGAGUUUUCUGGACAGUGCUGCAUCCACAAGCCCCUGAGUGGAGGUGUAGCAGGGGGAGGAGCCAGGAGCGAAGCAGGAGGAGGAGCAGAGACCCAGCAAGUUCCUGAGGUGUCCUCCUCCACCCUGCCUGGUGCUCCAUCCUCCUCCACUCCUCCCUGCUCCUCCUGUAGGGGGCAGACCACUGGAGGAGGGUACCAGUGCAGCGUUUGUACCUCGUGCACUCUGUGUGAACCGUGCAGUUUCUCUCACGAUCCCAGUCACAACCUGGUCAGAGCGAGGACUCCUCUGUCCAUCCCGGAGCAUGGAUCACCUGCUCCAGACCACAGCAGGUUCUACAGGCGAGGCGAUCGAAGUUUCCGGAAAGCAGAGAAGCAACGGCUCAAAGCAGAAAAACGGCUGCUGAAGGCCGAAGUCAAGGAGAUCCGAAAACAGCUGAGGAUGGAGAGGCGGGGCCUACAGUGGAACUCCACCCACAGAGAUGGGAGCUCCUCCCCUGUCCUCCUGCAGCCUCGGGCCACUCAGCACAACAGUCCUGAGCGUCCAAAACGUCCCUGUCCACUGGUGGUCCCAGCUAUGACAGCUGCAUUUCUGGACGAGAACCUUCCUGAUGGAACCCGACUUCGUCCUGGAACAAAGUUUAUCAAGUACUGGAAGAUGAGAAACACUGGAACAAAGAGCUGGGGCGCUGACACAAAGCUGAAGUUCAUGUGGGGGAACCUAGCGGUGGGAUCUGGAGACCGGUGGAAGGAAGUGUCCAUCCCCUUUCUGCAGCCCGGACAGGUCGGCAUAGUGAGUGUCGCUCUGUGCGCUCCGACCACGGAGGGCUCCUACACCUCCCACUGGCGUUUGGCACAUGGUGGGGAGCAGUUUGGGCCCAGAGUGUGGUGCAGCAUCGUGGUUGACCCACUGGCACCAGCACCCAUGAUGGCUGAUGGGAUCCUGGUGUCGCCCUGUGUCACACCACAGGGUAAGAACCCGGUGGCUAAAGACGGAAAAUCAACAUCAAGUGAUCAGCCUCUGAUAUCAGUGGACCAGGAAGAGUAUUUUAUCCCGUCUGUUGACCUGCUUACUGCCCAGGAUCUUUUGUCUUUUGAGCUUCUGGACAUCAACAUUGUCCAAGAACUGGAGAGUGUCCCCAACAACACGCCUGCGGAUAUGACUCCCUGCAUGUCACCUCUACCUCAUGACAGCCCCCUGCAGGACAAGAGCAACUCCUCUUUGGGUUUGAUCCAAGAAGAAACGGAGGUCAUCAAUAGCAUCAUGGAUAUGCCUCGUGGUGCUGAAUCUGGAGCAGAAGGAGGCGGUGUUCCAGCUCAGGAGGAAGGUGAUGAUGAUAUCAGUGGGACUCAGUUUGUUUGUGAGACUGUGAUUCGCUCAAUGACCCUGGAGGAGGCUCCUGACCACACGCCUCUGAGGGCGUCCUGCUCAGGGACCACUAAAGUAUUGUGUCCGGCGGCUCAGGGUGGCGCCCCCUCCUGUGUGAAGAAUAAAAUGAUGAAAACAGAGAAAAGUGCCAGCAGCUGUAAUGCUGCCCUGAAACCACCGGCCACCCUGAAGGUCGUCCUCCCGCCUCCAUUAAAAGCCUCUCUGCCCGCCCCUCUGUCAGUGACCCCGAUCUCAGCACCCGGACCCAGUUCAGCGCCGACCCUGCUUCCUGCUCAGCACGGAUCAUCCAAACUGCAGGAGGCCCCAAAUCCAGGUGAGGGUGAGGAGGGUGUGGCCACAGAGUCCAUGCCGAAGGACGGAGGGGAGAAGAAAGAAGGGAUGAGGAGUCGCUCCUCCUCCACCUCCUCUGAGGAUUACAUCAUCAUUCUCCCAGACUGCUUUGACACCAGUCGACCACUAGGGGAGUCCAUGUAUAGUUCCGCCAUGUCCCAGCCUGGUGACAUUCCAGGAAAGAAUGAACCAGAAAGUGAGUGUUCUGAAGCACCGGCAGAGGAGAGCGAUGCAGCAGCUCCCGCCUUGGCCGCCAGCGUGUCGGGUGCCAGCAGUGCCAAUGACAUGCUGUGCACGUCUCAGACACUGGAUGACGUGCCACUGACACCUGAAGUGGUGGCUCCGCCCACAAACAUCAUCACGCCAAGUCCAGAGAGCAGUGAUGAAAUGGAAGCUGAUGGUGGUGCCAUGGGAGGAGCAGAGGACUCAGACCUAUACCAGACUGAAGACGAAUGUUGUACUGAACAAACCCAGAAAUGUGACACUGAAACUACUGAAGAAACUGAAGAUGAUUGUCCUGAGGACCCAAGACACCCAGGUAUCACCAGCGGCUGGUUAAAGGAGCUCUCUCGGUUGCUGCGUCAGCUUACAAAGCUCUGUUCACUGGACAAGGACCCACACAGCCUCCCGUGGAUGCGUCCACCCAAGACACCAUGAUGGCGGUGCUGGUGGAGAUGGGUUUUGGGGAUCGAC